AUGGCCAGCAGUGGUGAAGAUCGAGGCCUCGAAUCGAAACCAUGCAAGUCUUGCGACCGAUGCAGGAGCCGCAAAGUCCGAUGUAUUAUGACUCCUGGAGAAGCUUUCCGGUGCAUCCAAUGCAUUAAAAGAAAUGAAACCUGUCAUUUCACCCUGAACAAGCGAAAGCUUAGGGUCCGAAGUACAACCGUGAGCCUCACAGGUGGAGAAAAUGGCUUCGACGAUUCCUCACUCGCGGAAAGGAAUACAUCGCAUGAUGAUCCACUCCCAGACCCCGUUAUUGAGAGGACCUCUCCUCAAGUGGGCUUGUCACCGGUCUUUAUGGACCGUAUGUUGGAGAAUCACGGCUCCGCGGGCGUGCUUAGAGACAACUCAUUAUUGUUGAGGGCACCUGAACACGAUGUGACCACUUUCAGUCUUGCAUUUUUCUCCGAGCGACGUAUCCGAUCCUUAUCUCAUCGACUAGGGAACAAUCGCCUGAGUGAGCUGGUAGAAAAUAUCGAGUCCGUCAUUCGGACUCGACUUCUCGCCCAAGGUCCCUCGUCAAUAUCUCCAAUUACCUUCAGGACGCCCUCUGAUAUUGAACAAGUCCCUUUGGAAAAAGCAAAGUCAUACAUUGACUCUUAUUUCCAACAGCUUCACCCGAUAUAUCCGUUUCUGGACCGCGUGGAUUUUGAAGCCAAGGUUUUUGGCCCUGACUUAGCCUAUCUUUUGACCACAUGUCAUGCUUUCACAGCUUUAUACUACACUGUUAUGGCUCUUGGAUGCCAAUAUCACGAAGGCGGAGCCUUUGAUCCAGGAAGCGGAAAGGCAUGGAAAUUAUUCCAGGUAGCCCUUGGUCUGGUUUCAGAUAUCAUCGCACCAAAAGCGACGUUGACGAAUCUUCAGGCGUUGGUCGCUAUGGUAUCUAACGACUUCUCUGGCUCGACUACAAAGUCAAUAUUUGCCAUGAGCACUUGCUGCAUCCAGAUCGACGAAAUUCUUCUCACAGAAGCGGCACGAAUGGCUCAGUUGUUGGGCUAUCACCGAGCACUAGGGGUCGGAGACUCCAGGCACCGAGCCACAUGUUAUCGGACCUUUUGGGUAAUCUACUACAUGGAGAAACAUAUGGGAUUUAAUUUCCAGAAAGGCUCGAUGAUCCCUGACUACGAUAUUGGGUGUCCAAUUCCUGAAGUUCCAGAAUCAGUCUUUGGAAAUUGCAACUGGUUUUUGUCAGCAAUUGGCUUCAGCCGCGUCUUGUCCCAGGCUUACACAUCACUCUUCUCUGUGAGCGCCUCCAUUCAAUCGACAGAUGCCUACCAUGUGGCGAUUGAAAAUAUCGAGUCCCGUCUUGAGCGGUGGCGAAUGAGCAUACCCUUAAGAUUCCGGCCGGGCAAGCCGUCCGAUGGAAAGGAUGGAAAACCCGCAGGCUCAGGACCAUUGCCAGUCCUCACGUCUCUCCCACAUAGUUUCAGGACGACUGUUCUUCGGAUCAACUUCAACUACUAUGGCCUAGUCAUUGCACUGGCCAGACUCAAGAUUCAUAUAUGCAAGCAAGAUCAAUCCAGUCAACAGGAAGAAAGCAAACGACUGCUGAUGGACACGGCGCGGGCUAUUGUGGAAGAAAGCAAGAACGUUGAAAUGGCGGCGCAUACUCCGAUCUAUAUUCUGGCGGUCCUACCACUCGCUGCCUUAUUCAUUCUAUUCGACUUUAUUGUGCACAACCCAACACACCCAGAAACAAGAAAUAAUCUAUCGUUGUUGGAUGUAGUAACUGGACAUUUCAGUCUACUUGACUACAAAUCAGGUGGCUUUUUGCCCGCGUCGCAAUUGACUGAGUUUGCUCAAAUUGCCAGGCAGUACGUCAAGGACUUUGCUUCGAAGCCAGAGCAGGAGCAGCAGCAGCAGCAGCAGCGACAGCGACAGCGACAACAACAACAACAACAACAACAACAACAACAAGAACAAGAACAAUCGCUUGGUGUGAUAGACAUGGCACUUCCUGUAUCUGAUCAGGUCCGUAGUGAGGUAUGUGCUCCUUGUAACAACGAAGACGACGAUGACCUUGACAAGUUGACCUUUUCUCGCAAGGAACAGAAAGCAGCAGAGUUUAACAGCGACACGAGUGGUGCGAACGGCAAUAUUGAAGCGCAACACAAUGUCAUCGAAACCUGGGAGCCGACAGAUUAUCUUCAUUACCCCAUGUCGCCGGAACUCAGCAUGGCUGAUACAUCUAUGAUGGGAUCAUUCAAUUUCCAGAAUUUGUUCGGAUUUGUCGUUCCAGAUCUUCGGCAUGACGAUCAAUUCUAG